CUGGGCGAGUCUACCACGGUCCCGGCGGCGCCAGGUGCUUUUUACCUGCCUGGCCCCGGCCCCUGUCUGUCGCUGCUGUCCUUGUAGCUACCCCGGGUUCCUCGCACCGUUGCCGAGAUGGCGACACGCUCUUGCCGGGAGAAGGCUCAGAAGCUGAACGAGCAGCACCAGGUCAUCCUGUCCAAGCUGCUGAGGGAGGAGGACAACAAGUACUGCGCCGACUGCGAGGCCAAAGGUCCCCGAUGGGCUUCCUGGAAUAUUGGAGUGUUUAUUUGCAUCAGAUGUGCUGGAAUCCAUAGAAAUCUUGGGGUUCAUAUAUCCAGGGUUAAAUCUGUUAACCUAGACCAAUGGACGCCAGAACAAAUACAGUGCAUGCAAGAUAUGGGAAAUACUAAAGCACGACUACUCUAUGAAGCUAAUCUUCCAGAGAACUUUCGGAGACCACAGACAGAUCAAGCGGUGGAAUUUUUCAUCAGAGAUAAAUAUGAAAAGAAGAAAUACUACGAUAAAAAUGCUAUAGCAAUUACAAAUAUUUCCUCCUCUGACGCUCCUCUUCAGCCUUUGGUAUCCUCUCCUUCUCUGCAAGCUGCUGUUGAGAAAAACAAAUUGGAGAAAGAAAAGGAAAAAAAAAAGGAGGAGAAAAAGAGAGAAAAGGAGCCAGAAAAGCCUGCAAAACCUCUUACAACUGAAAAGGUGCAGAAAAAGGAAGAUCAGCAAUUGGAACUUAAAAAAAGUACCAGCCCUAAGAAAACUACAGAGCCUACUGUUGAUCUUUUAGGUCUUGAUGGCCCUGCUGAGGCACCAGUAACCAAUGGGAACGCAGCCAUGAUGCCAGCCCUCAGUGAUGAUCUGGACAUCUUUGGGCCAAUGAUUUCUAAUCCCUUACCCACAACUGUCCUGCCUCCAGCUCAGGGUACACCCACUAUACCAGCAGCUGCCCCUUUGUCUACAGUAACACCUGGGGAUCUAGAUCUAUUUACUGAGCCAAAUACAAAAUCAGAAGAAUCCACAAAGAAACAGCUCUCCAAAGACUCCAUUUUAUCUCUGUAUGGUACAGGGACCAUUCAGCAGCAGAAUACUCCUGGUGUGUUUAUGGGACCCACAAAUAUACCAUUUACCUCACAAGCGCCGACUGCAUUUCAGGGUUUUCCAUCCAUGGGAGUACCUGUGCCUGCAGCUCCUGGUCUUAUGGGAAACGUAAUGGGACAGAGUGCAAACAUGAUGGUGGGCAUGCCCAUGCCCAAUGGGUUUAUGGGAAAUGCACAAACUGGUGUGAUGCCACUGCCUCAAAAUGUGGUCGGGCCCCAAGGAGGAAUGGUGGGACAGAUGGGUGCCUCCCAAAGUAAGUUUGGUCUGCCCCAAGCUCAGCAGCCUCAGUGGAGCCUCGCACAGAUGAAUCAGCAAAUGGCGGGCAUGAGUAUCAAUAGUGCAGACCCCACGGUGGCUUUUGGCCAGCCCCCCAGCACAACAGCAGGAUGGUCCGGAAGCUCCUCGGGUCAGACUCUCAGCACACAACUUUGGAAAUGAAAAAUGCAAUACAAGUUUCAUCUAGAACUACCACCUGACAUUCCUUGCUAAAACGCAUCUAUAGUUCCCCUGUUUGUCCAUGUACAUAUUUUUCUUUCCUCCCAUUUGUUCAUUUUAAGAAUUAUCUGAUGGACCGUGUUGGUCUGUACUGAUUUAAUUUGACGUGGUGAAAAGCAGGCUGAGAAACCAUUUUAUGUCAGGGGCCGCUUUGCUCACAUUUCCCAUGAUUUCAUAAACCAUACUCUUUGAGAAGCUGCUCAGUCAACUUUGAGUAAUCACUUUCACUCUCAGUAUAAUUAGAGCUAUAAUGUUUGCAUAUAAGGGAAAUAGUUAUCAUGUUAGUAAUACCUCUAACAGUAUAAACCCUGCCCCUAAAUUAGCCAGUAAUCCUGUAGGAAGAUACUAUAUGAUCAAAUGUUUAAUCAUAUAAAUAGAAUGUAAAUGUAUCACUGAGCACUGUUUUCUAGUGUAUCAAAAUUCUUUAUUUCAUCAUUAACUGUGCUGUUGUAAUGAUGUGCUUAACAGGGAAUGUGGUUAGUGAAAAGAAGAUAAACCUGGAUGUUACUGUAAAUUUAGUUUAACAAAUGUUUGAAGAAAGAUUUCAAAUUUUAUCUGCCUCUCUUAUAAUUUGGAUCUCUUCUUAUGAACAUAGUGCUAACAUGAAGACCUUUCUCUGCACUAUAUGCAAACAGGGUAACUACAGCAAAGCCACUUUCAGUUCUUGAAGGUAUAUCCAGGUUUAUGACAGUAAUUGUGUUUACAUUUUAUGGUGCCUAGUAUUGACAAAAUGUUACUUCCCUAUAUUAAACAGAUAGAUAAAUCCAUAG